AUGGAAGCUGUCUGGAUUUCAAAGAACUAUGGUGACGAUCUUUACCUACAAUACACGUACACUUGCACCCAGUCCUCGAUAGAAGACUUGCUCAUGCAAGCAAGAAGGAAAAGGUACGACAUCAUCGGCCUAGCCGAGAGGAGAAGAAGCCAGCCUUUCAACGCCGUCCAUGACAACGGAGAAGAACUGUUUCUCGGAAUAUGCUACAGUAGAAAAGUUGGAGGCGUCGGCGUUCUCAUCAACACGAGCUUGUCCAUGAACAUAGACUCAUUCGAACAACUAACAACCCGAAUCGGAUGUUUACGAUUAAGACGUGGAACAAUUCUCGCUUUGACAGUUUUCGUCGUUUACGAGCCGACAUCAGAAUAUGACGAAGAAGUUGAAGCGUUCUAUAUGGACUUGGAGAAGUUAUACAGAGAAGACCACACAUUCCUCAAGGUCAUUAUUGGAGAUCUCAACGCCGAGACUGGACCAAGAAGAACGUCUGAAGAACAUCACAUUGGGACCCACGGAUUAGAAUGGAACGAACAGGGUGAGUGGCUAUCUGAGUUUUCCAUGGCGACCAAGACCAUCCAUGGCAGCUCGCAAUUCCAGAAACCCCACCCUCAGCGCUGGACGUAG